UGUUAUUAUUGUACAGCUAUAACCUAAAACCUGAUAGUAUUUAUCUACAUACUCAUCUGAUAUUUCAAACUUAUGCGGCCACACCUACAGCUACACAAGUUUAGAGUGGUUUUUCAAAUUAAAAGAUAUUGUUCCAAUCUGAGGUAAUCAACCAUGGGAAAGCAAACCAGCAAGUUGAAACCUGAAGAUAUUCGUGAAUUGACACAAAGCACACAGUUUUCUGAGCAUGAGCUACAAGAAUGGUACAGAGGAUUCUUAAAGGAUUGUCCCACCGGUAUAUUGAAGGAAGCUGAGUUUCAAAAAAUUUAUUCAAAUUUUUUUCCAUAUGGGGAUGCAUCGAAAUUUGCCAAACACGUUUUUAGGACUUUUGAUGCCAAUAAUGAUGGUACAAUCGAUUUUCGGGAAUUCAUUGUAGCAUUGAGCGUAACAUCAAGAGGAAAUCUUGAAGAUAAAUUGAAGUGGGCUUUCUCCAUGUAUGAUCUGGAUGGAAAUGGAAUGAUUUCAAGACAAGAGAUGCUUGAAAUUGUUCGGGCUAUUUACAAGAUGGUUGGAGCAGUUAUGAAUAUGCCUGAAGAUGAAUCCACUCCUGAGAAACGAACAGACAAAAUUUUCAAACAAAUGGAUAAGAAUCAAGAUGGUUCGAUUACACUCAAUGAGUUUAUUGAUGGGGCGAAGACCGAUCCAUCCAUUGUUAGGCUCCUGCAGUGUGGUCAGGAAUUCAAGUCUUCUUAGCAAUCUAUCUUUCGCUGUUUCCACUUCUAUAUUUUGCAAGGUUCAAAACAUUAUUUGUGAGAAUUGUAAUGGCGUUGCCAAUAGUUUGUCAAGUAUUGAGAUUUGCUGCUAUAAUAUCAUCAAUGAACGGUACUCAUAAUUGUUCAUGGAAAUGUGUUGUACAGUUUGAUUCAACAGAAUACAGCUCUCGUGUAACACUCUAAUCGGUGGAAUAUUAUUGGAAACUGUUGUAAAACCUUGAUGUGGUUGUAUAGUCAAAAUCUUUGUUUGACAGAGGUCACUCCACAAUAAAUACAUUCACUGAUAUUCAAAUUUCUGACAUACAGAUUAAAUAGCAGCAAAUUUUCAGUAAAAACUCCCUAAUGAGUUUUUAAUGUACAAAAUCUCCCACUCGGUUCGUUUUUAGAUCAUUGUUAUUAAUAUGCACAAUGUCAUUCAAAUACAAGGCUAAUUUGCUAUCAUGAUGUUUUUACUGAAGUUUUUAUAUAAUAUUUUGUGUAAUGUUAUAUGCUAAAAAUAUAUUUAAUCAUAUUGUGUUAAAACCUAAUUUUGCUUAGCCUAAUUUGAAGAAAUGACAGUUAUGGUUAUAUGAUACAAACCAUUUUUCGUGUUUCGAUCGAAGAUUUAAAAAUAAUUUAUCUAAGUAUUUAGAAGCCAUAGUAAUUGUGUGGCGUUAAUCAGAAAAUGCAUCACUUGAAUAAGAGCCUCAGAAAUAUUAUCUCAACAGGUUCAUUUUUCUAUGGCUUACGCUUGAUCAUAUUCUGAUAAAUCAACAGGCAAAUAUGUUUUGAAUGAAAACUUGGAAGACUUAAACCUUUCAUGUAAAUUUCCUAUUUAGCAUGAAAGGCAUAUCUAGUAUAAGGGAUUGUAUCAAAUUGAACUGAAGGUAAUUUCUUUAUAGUGCUUCCUUGGACCUCGUUUCAUAUAGAACGACCAAUACAUUUUUAUAUAAUUUUCGCUUGAUACACAAUUCAAUCGGUUUAGAGCGAUCUACUGUGAAGCAACAAUAAACCAGAUUAAUUUGUUAGUUAUAUACACAAGUUUUAUGCAUUCUUUGACUCCAAUCCUGUGGGCAAAGGUCAAAUUGCUUCAAUGGUUACUUCUAGUAUUCUUUUGACUCGCGUAUGCUACAAUCAUAUGAAGCGAGAAAAAGUUCAAGAACAUUAGAUGAAAAUUUAUGUUCUGUUUGAAAAGAUUGAUCCCCCUAUGAACUGGUAUUGUUUUGCAUUCAAUGCUAAGUAAACAUUGCGAAUAAUUGAAAAACAAGUUUUAAAUGAGAAAAUGUAUAUUCGUAUUAUAUUAUUGGCUGUUAAUAUGAUAAGACACCCUCAUUUGUUUUCUAUCAAAAGCCAUAAAAUGUUUGAAGAAUCAUUUUUACUCUCAUUGAAUGACCCGAGUUGAUAUUUGUGAAUAGACUGUCCAUUUAUUGAUGCCAAUUUGAUAAAAGCUGCUACAGAGUGAGAUUAUAAUUAAUUUUUCAUAUGUUUCCUUUUCUGGCAUCUUCUAUUGUUUGUAUUUUGUGUACAAUAGAUAAGACAAUAUUUAAUGUGUCGUAUGGUUUGGUUUUGAUGAGACCGAUGUAAAAUAUUUAUGGGCAGCAUACCUUAUAUAUUGGUGGAAUAUUAUAUUUACUCCCUGUGAUUUUUCCAAGAUAACAUUUGAACUGCCGUUGUAAAUUUGCAUACAUCAAAUAUCAUUCAAAUAUUUUGCACCCAUUUUCCUUUUCUCUUGAUGCAUUGGCUGUCAAAGCAUUGUUUUAUCGCCAAAUGAAAUAUUAAUAAGCCUAAAAAGGCAAUAAUAGUUAUCUGUAAGAAAACUCAGUCAACUAUCAUAUCAUUUUCUGUUGAAAACCAUCAUUAACUAAGCAAGAGUCAAUAUUUGGUUUCAUCAUUUUUUGACAUGGAUUAUAUUAGUCUCUUCUUGAUCUUGGUAGCAACGAGAUUAUUUCGCCUCCGGAAAUUUCUCAGCAGACUAAUUUUCAGAUAUUUGAUGCAAAUGCUGGUGAAUUUCUGCCAUUCAAUAUCAAACAAUAUAUAAACGACUUUAGCAUUUGUUAGUGAUUUUACCUUAAUUUCUUUAUAUGUAAGACACAUUUGUUUUGGAAAUUUAGUGCAUAGAUUUGUGCAUCGUCUUCUAGGACAAGUGUGUUAAUUUCUGUGUACAUCUUGUUAUUUCCUGAUAUAUUUUAACCAAUUACCAUCAUUGAUAUGAAAUAUGCUCUUAAUUAAAUAAUUAUUGAGAAAUCAAAGUUUGA